UUCCAGAUUUACCGGAUUUUGUUAGAAUGCAGAAUUAGCGUAAAGAAAAUAAUUUUGACCGGCGUGAGCGGGUGCUCUACGUUUUGAUUGUUGCGGGUCACGAACUUCUAUGCAAGCUUCUCCUUAAUUUCCAACGCUGAAAUGAGGCCACACUAAGCAAUACUCCAUCAAAUCACACGCAAAACUACGCAGCAUCUAUCGAUCUCUGUUGAAAUUUUGAUUCAUAUUCUGACCUAUAUUUUGCAGCGACAUGGAUUCAGAAUCUGCUGACUCAGCUUCUCAACAUUCUGCUAAGGCUUCUGAUGUUAAAGAUUCUGAUAAAGCUUCUAACAUUGCACCUCCAACGCAAGCUUCUAAUGUUGAAGCUACUGAUAAAGCUUCUAAAAUUGAACCUCCAGCCGAAGCUUCUCAUAAAGCUUCUAAUCUUGAACCUCCUCAUAAAGCUCUUAAUGUUGAACCUGCUUCAACCCAUGUUAAUGAGCCUAACAGUAGUGCACAGGAAUCUCAACUGUCUAAUUUAUCUCCUGCUUCCAACAUAUCAUCUGGGGCUAAAGCUGUGAAACUUCCGCAGCCUGUGCCACCACAAGAAAGCCCACAUGCUGGAAAUGCAGGGAUGUCGAAAUUUACACGUUUUACUAGCGAGCUUGGAUUGCGUUUACCCUCAAUCACUCCUGUACAGGAUAAGAGUGUCGAAGGCACCUCCACAAUUUCACCAGCUGGUGUGCUUGGUUCAUUUACAAAAGGUCUAUUUGACUCAUCUAAGAAUGCAGUAAAGGCAGUGCAGGUCAAGGCACGCCAUAUUGUAUCUCAAAAUAAACGAAGAUACCAGGAAGGAGGAUUUGAUUUGGAUAUGACUUAUAUUACUGAAAAUAUAAUUGCAAUGGGGUUCCCUGCUGGUGAUAUAAGCUCAGGAUUUUUUGGAUAUUUUGAGGGCUUCUAUAGAAAUCACAUGGAAGAAGUCAUCCAAUUUUUUGAAACUCAUCACAAGGGAAAAUAUAAGGUGUAUAAUCUUUGUUCAGAGAGAUUGUAUGAUGCAUCACUAUUCGAGGGGAAGGUUGCAUGCUUCCCUUUUGAUGACCAUAACUGUCCCCCUAUUCAGCUUAUAUCAUCAUUUUGUCAAAGUGCCUACUCGUGGUUGAAAGAAGACAUUUUAAAUGUGGUCGUUGUUCACUGUAAAGCUGGUAUGGCGAGAACAGGAUUAAUGAUUUGUAGCCUUCUUUUAUUCCUUAAGUUCUUCCCAACAGCUGAGGAGGCCAUUGAUUAUUACAACCAGAAAAGAUGCACAGAUGGGAAAGCUCUAGUUCUCCCAAGUCAGAUUAGGUAUGUCAAAUACUUUGAACGGAUCUUAACAUAUUUUAAUGGAGAAAUUCAGCCUGGGCGUAGGUGCAUGCUUAGAGGAUUUCGGCUUCACCAAUGCCCUUAUUGGAUUAGACCCUCUAUUACAAUCUCUAAUCAUAGUGGAAUUCUGUUCUCGACAAGAACGCAUCCGAAAACUAAGGAUUUAAUGCCAGAAGAUUUCUGGAUUAAAGCACCAAAGAAAGGGAUUUUGGUCUUUGCUUUGCCAGGGGAGCCUGGUCUGACAGAAUUGGUAGGGGAUUUUAAAAUUCAGUUUCAUGAUCGACAGGGAGACUUCUACUGUUGGUUAAAUACGACAAUGACUGAGAACAGGAAAAUAUUGGAUGCUUCUGAACUUGAUGGUUUUGACAAGAGAAACUUGCCUUCUCCUGGAUUCCAAGUUGAGGUCGUGAUGAUAGACUAUGAUGGUACUUUACCUACAAGAUCCAAACCUGAUUCUUCCAGCAAGAGAUCUGAUGGUAGCUCAAAUUAUGUUUCGGGUCCAACUGGCGGGGUUGCAACUAAUUCCAAUCAACGUGAAGUGACUGGAAAUGAAGACAAUGAUAAUGUAUUCUCAGACAGUGAUGGAGAAGAGACUGAAGCUUCAAAGAACCGAAAAGCUGGUGUUGGUUCUGGAGGGGAAUCUGCAGCCCAUGGAGUAGGAUCUAAGAGCCAGGCAGGGAGUGUAUCACAGGGGACUGGACAAUUGUCUCAGAAAAGUAAGGAACCAAGUAAAGAACCAAAUAUUGAUGGGAUUAAACAACCUGCAUCUGGCCAGAUUCCAUAUAUAGCUUCCGCAGGGGCAAGUGAUAUCAGGGCAAUUGCUGCUGAUGCUUCAGUUUUCAGCUUUGGGGAUAAUGAAGAUUAUGAAAGUGAGUGAAGUCUAUAAUUGUAUGAAAAACACUUGUACAUAAGCUCCUCGUGAACAAAAUGAUUUGAUUGUUGAGGAAUUUGUUCAUUAAAUUUAUCAUUUUCAUUUUUAAUGUUGUUCAUACAACAAAGCACAGUUUCCACAUGGCUCUCUUCUCCGAAGUGUUGAAACUUGAAAGGUGUU